UUGCAUCUGUGCAACUCUAGGCCAUCGUCACACAUGGACGGACUGCACAUUUUUCUGCUCAUGCUCUUAGGAGCUGUUUCUUGCACACAUGAUUCAGAUUCUGGAUCAGUGUUGGAGGUGACGGUCAGACCAGGAGACAACGUGGCUCUCUACUGUGACUGCCAAUUAGUAGUUGGAUUUCAAAUAGUGUGGUACAGGAAGUGCUCUCAUGAGAACCAGCCACCUCUGGCUCUUAAAAUAAUGAAGAACUCAUUCAUGACCAUCAUGGAUGGCGAUGACCCGCUAAGAAUUUUACCUCGUUUUCAUUUUGUGAGAAACUAUUCUUCUGAAUCCUAUGACCUGACGAUUAUGAACAUCACCCAUUCGGAUGAGGGCCUCUACUACUGUGGACUUGGGCGGAACAUGUUGGAUGAUAGCGAAUACAUUGCAUACAAAUCUGUUAACAGAGAUGGAAAAAGCACAACAAGGAUCCUCGUCAAUUCCAGCCCUGACUCCAGUGGGUACAUCUACAACCCUGUGUUUGUUGAGCACUGGAUGACGGUGUUUGCACCAGCCUUCACUAUUCUCUCCUCUUUCGUCUCCUUUAUUUUGGUUUAUUGCUUCUGUCAGAAAACAGAUAAAGAGCCUCAAAUUCUCCAGAAAGGACUAGACACCAGGGGACUGACAAGAUGGGAUCAGGAUGAAGAUGUGUAUUUGACACGAGUUGUGUUCUGGGCUACGGAUGGACAAACAUAAACAGUACAAGCACAACUGUUUUUAUGCAAGCAGAGACUGAGACAGAGAAUAGAAUGAAAUGAGUUUAAAUCCAAAAGGUUCAAAUUAAGGGUCCACAGUUUGAGAUGUCAUUUCUGCUUGUUUUUGCAGCCCUGUCGCCAGGAGAAAAUGUUAGCACUGUAUGUUUUUGUAAACCCUGGAUAUGUUACAUUUGUACAUGUUUACAGUGUACAGUGUAUGUUUACAUACACUGCAUUAAAAAGAUGGACAACAUGAUACCCCCUGAGAAGUGAAGCCAAAACAUUUCGAUCAUCCCCGGUGACUGGCCGCAUCAUAGGUCAUAAAGCUCCGCCCCCUCCAUGUUAGCAGAUUGGACAUGGGCCAAAUUAAAAACUCAAAGUACACAUCAAAAAAAUAUUUCCUAAAGAUGGUCUCUUUCAUCUGAGGUAGCUCCUAAAACCCUGAUGUACGUUCAGCGGCGUAAGUUAGUAACGUCAGGUUAUUUUGAUGAAGUACACAUGCACACACAAUUAUGUGUAUAUAUACAGUACCAGCCAUGUGUUGGAUUUUACAGUAGGUAUGUUUUACCUCGGCUAUUGUAUUUGCAGAAUACAGAGGUCAAAGAGAAAGUGACCAGAAGCAUGGAUGGUGCUGUGACAGUCAAAGUUCACAAUCGUGAGAACAAGCACCUGAGAGCAGAGCAGCUGAAUAUUUCACUGUGAAUAUUUCACUCCACUGCUGAGAUGACUGUGGACUUUUUCUGGCAUUUUUAAUACAACAACAUCACGACAACUGCACUUCACGACAUAAAGACAUGAGAUUUUAGAAAAUAAGAGAGAUGAAAGCUACAAUACUUAUGACCAAACAAAACAAUGCCCCGAAAAAAACAGCAGCACGCCCACUGUUUACCCACAAAAGUACACACACACACAAUGAAACAGGUGCUCAGCGGCAACCUGACUCCCAAAAUGUAACAACCUUUAAAACAGGGCACGGCGGCCCGACAGAUACCCCAAAUCCGCUUGAAAAGACAUUGAAUGGUUCUGUCUCUGACUGGUUAGGCCUGCAACCGUAAACAUGUAAAUGGUCAUCUGCUAUGUUA